UUGUCAGAAAACUGUCAAAACAAAAUUUCAUGGAUCGGAGUAUGGAGUAUAAUUCUUGAUAAUUCUACAAUUUUUACAUUAAUUUAAUAAACAAUGGAUGCUAAAGACGUGUGUGUGGAAAUAGAAAACGAUGAGUUCUACAGUAAGUUCCUUGUCGACACUGUGAAGCCGCUAGUUGGCGAAAACAUAUCAGUGUCCGAUCAAGUCGCAAAGCUAACACAGGGCAUAGAAAAACUCGGAAAAAGCCUAGAAAAGCAAGUCCUAGCUAAACACAAUGAUCUGCUAACGCAGGCGAGCCAUAUAUCCGAUUUAGAGAUGACUUUGGCAUCGGUGCAGUCGCAAGUCCAGGGGUUAUUACGCAGCGCCGAAAAACUGAAAGAUAGGGUCCACACACCCCACCGAGCGCUUGAAGAGCAAACUCUCAUGCUUGAACGCGUCCAAACAACGUGUAAUUUACUCAGACACACAGCCAAAAUCCUGUUUUUAUGGAACAAACUGGCCAGUAUUAAAGAUAACCCACCUAAAGAGGCUAUAAUCUUAUUUGAGCUGAACGAGCUAAUCGGUGACUAUGAUUUUGACGGCAUUAUCAUCCUCGAGGAAGUACUAAAAGAAGUGGAGCAGAGGAAGAAGGAGCUGCUAAAUAAUUCUACUGCUCUUUUACAGUCGAGUUUAUUAAAUGGAGAGAAAGAUAAAUUGUUGCAAUGCUUUAAAGUAUUUCAUAAUUUACAAUGUACUAAUGAGCAGAUCAGAAACACUGUUGAUAGUAUCCUUAUUGACCUUAAGAAGGAGAUUAGAGCCGGCCUAAAUGUGCAAAUGGUUUCUAUCGAAGUGAAAAAGUCUAGUUCGGGCCGGGUCGCUCCCGGAAAAGCAAAUAUAAUGAAUGCACAAGACUUCAAAAUUAAACUUUGGGACAAUAUUGAAAAGCUGUUCAAAGUAGACAUCUAUAACAGCUGCACAAAAGUGAUUAUGCUUCAGAAUGUUGUGAACGAGCUACAUGCGAUUGGUAACUUCCGGAACAUUGCCAAGACAUUUUGGUCCAACUUGUGUACUGUGUUCAGCACCGAACUGGAAAAGAGCCCACUCAAUGUCAACCAGUCUGUAGAGAUUGACUUCCCAAGGCUAUUGAAGUGCUUUAAUGAUUUGCUAUCUAAACUUAAAUGCAAAGACUUGGAGAUUAACCGGUCUUCAUUGGUAAAAUGGGAGAACUCAUUCUUGUCCAAGUCCCUUGGGAAGCUUUUGGAGCCGGUUAGAAGCAUGUGGCACCUGAACCCCGUGCCAAAUAUGGAUCAGCUUGACGGUGCAGUCAGGACCAUUGCUGAAGCUCUGAGCAUUUCCCUUGGAGAUAAACAACUAAGUAUAAGCCUAGCUAACAGUGUGGCAAAAUGCAUCAAACAAAUGAAUGUUGAGGCAGAACAGCGAAUAAAUCUUGACAGUGACGUAGCACAGAUUGUCGAACCACCAACUAGCGCUCAGCAGAAGAACGCGGAACUCUGCAACGCUUUAUAUUACUUCUCAUCACAGAUAAAACGGGUAUUAGUUAACAUGAACUCCAUGCUGCCUCAAGAGAGUGCCCAAAUUGUCCAAAACAGUCUUAAAGACAUCACAAGCAUGCCAGUUUUACAAUUAUUUACAGAAUCAAUUAAGAACUCUCUUUACAUAAUCCUAAUGACAAUGCAUGAUGAGCCAGACCUGACGCGUUCUGAUGACCCUACUGGCAAAUGUCUAUCAUGCUCACCAUAUAUGAAAGAGCUGCAACAAUUUGUAUCUAGAUGCAAAGACAUAUACCUGUCAAUGUUCCAUGAGAAAGCAGCACUGAACGCCUGCUGCGUUACCAUCGCAAAGAUGACAGUUGAAAGAUUUAUCCAGCACGUCUGCAACGUAAAGUCUUUAAGCAAGUUCGGAAGAUUGAAGCUGCAAAUAGACUGCAAGCAUUUAGAGACUGCAUUAUCACCUCUAGUAGAUAUGUCCGAGUUAGAUAACUACAGACAGCUGAAAGCACUAAGUUUGCUGCUUGAGAAAACUCCUCAAGAUAUAGCAAAGAGUCAAACGGAAGGAGCAUCGCUACCAUAUUCCUUAGUUAUGAUGUAUCUCUUUUCAUUCGCUGGUCCGCAAUUAUUAGCUCCACAUACCUGUGCGGGCUGGAACAUUCAGAAACUUAUGCAAUGGCUGGAUUCACACCGAAAAGAAAAGGAGAGGUUAGACUUUGUCGCUGGUGCGCUGCAGCGGUACCAGAACCAUGUGCGGCAGAACCAGAUUGCAACUUAUGAUGAGGUUUAUCCAAUCCUGCUGCAGUUGCUGGAAGAUGGGAGGGAAGCUGCUAAGAAACAAGAGAAAUGAGCUGCAAGCUGAGAUUAGUUUUAAGAGUACUACUUUUAAAGAAAAUGACAGAGUUCACGAG